CCGACUCGCAGGGCCCGUCCCCGGCCUGAACGUGUGCACGCGCCGGCAAGAUGGCCGCUGGGGUGCGCCCGCUUCGGGGCCUCCGCUCCCUGUGUCGCGUGCUGCUCUUUCUCUCGCAGUUCUGCAUUCUGUCAGGCGGUGAGCAAUCGCAGGCGCUGGCUCAGUCAAUAAAGGAUCCGGGCCCAACACGUACAUUCACAGUAGUUCCCAGGGCAGCAGAAAGUACUGAAAUCCCACCUUAUGUGAUGAAGUGUCCAAGCAAUGGUUUGUGUAGCAGACUUCCUGCAGACUGUAUAGACUGCACAACAAAUUUCUCCUGUAUCUAUGGGAAGCCUGUCACUUUUGACUGUACAGUGAAACCAUCUGUUACCUGUGUUGAUCAAGACUUCAAAUCCCAGAAGAACUUCAUCAUUAACAUGACUUGCAGAUUUUGCUGGCAGCUUCCUGAAACAGAUUACGAGUGUUCCAAUUCCACCAGCUGCAUGACGGUGUCCUGUCCCCGGCAGCGCUAUACUGCCAACUGCACUGUGCGGGACCACGUCCACUGCCUGGGUAAGUCAGAGUUCAGGGACGUUUGUCAGCAAAAUGGUUUUCUCUAUGUUUAUUGAAGGGACUUUAACCAGAAAUUUGAGAGUCAAAUUACUUAAUUAGAAACAGGUAUCAGCAGCUUUUUAGAUGUGCCAACCCUCAUUAAUAAACUCAACAUACUAAAAUAAAGCACCCAGAAAAUUGCAUUUGUUAUCUUUUUAAAUGUAAUAUUUCAUAAAAUAAGAAAACUAGGGGAAGUAUAAAGCAUAAUACACUAGUUGACUUUUACCCAAAAUAACAGUGAAACAGCACCAGUACCAUUGCAGCCACGUGAGUGCUUGCCUUCGCCUGGUCGCUCUACCUCCUCUUCCAAGGUAACCAUCCUUUUGAAUUGUUUCUUAUCACUUCACUUCCUUUUAAAAAUUUUCUAUACUUUUAUUGUAUGUAUGUAAUAAAAUACAGUACCAUAUAUUUGAUAAUGCCUGUUUUAGGGCUGUAUAAGAUGACAUCAGGCUGGUGGUCUUCUGGGACUUUCUAAUUUCCUCUCAACAUUAUGGCUCUACAAUUCAUCCAUGUGACUUCUCUUAUUUCUUUUUUUUUUUUUUUACUUCUGUGUAGUAAUCUCUUGUAAGCUUAUAUCACAGUUUUAUCUACUCUCCAAUAUGUUCUGAUUAUGUGCCGUUUUUUGCUCUUGUGACUGUUAAAAUUUCUUUGCCCCUCUCCUGAUUGCACAUGUGCAAGAGCUUCUUUAGCGGGUACUUUCCGGGUGUGUUACUCUUUAAAUGGCUAUAUUAGCUUACAUUCCCAAUAGCGCUACGUAACUAUUCUUGCUGAUCCAUAUUUAAAGUCUUAAAGUUGUCUAGACUUCUUUUAUAUUUUGGGUAUUAUCUGUACUGUCCCUGAAACGCUCUCCCAGAUUUUGACUUUUUUGUUUUUUUAACAUUAUGGUAUAUUUUCAU